CUGGUGCCUUGGCAUAAUUUGAAGAAACAGGAUGAAAAUGAAGGUGUCAGAGUUGAAAAUCUGUUGUUUAUGGUAGAUGCCAUGUUGGAAGAAGUUGAAAAUAAGAAAAAGGACAGCAACAUGCCAAACUUUCAAACUUUGCAAGCCAUUGUCUCUCACUUCCAAAAGUUAUUUGAUGUGCCUUCUCUGAAUGGAGUCUUCCCCCGAAUGAACGAAGUCUACACUAGGCUUGGAGAGAUGAACAAUGCUGUGAGGAACCUCCAGGAACUCUUAGAAUUAGAUAGUUCAUCCUCAUUGUGUGUGCUGGUAAGCACAGUUGGAAAAUUGUGUAGGCUGAUUAAUGAGGAUGUGAAUGAGCAGGUUAAGCAAGUAUUAGGACCAGAAGAUCUUCAAAGCAUUAUCAACAGACUGGAAGAACACGAGGAAUUUUUCCCAGCAUUUCAGGCAUUUACUAAUGAUCUACUUGAAAUCUUAGAAAUUGAUGACUUGGAUGCCAUUGUACCUGCAGUAAAGAAAUUAAAAGUACUUUCAUACUGAAACAAAUCAAAUCAUUUUAGUGUGUAAAUUGCAUUUUUGCCAUUUUAAAUAUUCUGUAGGAUUGGUCUUAUUUUGAGACAAAAGGUGUAAAAUUUGCUUCCAGAAUUCAUCCUCUGAGUACUGGGUGAUUCACCUUAUAAUUUUUUAAAUUAACUUUGAGAUUCUUUUACAAAAAAUAGCUGCUAAGUUAUUAAAUAUUAAGUUAUAAGCAAUUGUUCAGUGCUUAGAAUAUAGGGUAGAGUUUGUAGUAAAAGACCUAGAGAGAGAGAGUGUGUAUGUGUGUGUAUAUAAAUAAUAGCAAAGAGGUAUUUAAGUUCAAGUUUACUCACCUUAUGGUCAGGGCAAAAGGAAGGCCAAGUGUAGUCAGUAGUAAGUCACUGCUUUCCUGGCAAGGAUUAAUUGGUAUCUACUAUUAUAUCUCUCAUGGCAGUUGUCUUUUCAGAGCAGGAACAAGAAAGGAAUAAAAGAAACAAAUAUUUAUAGUCUUUGUGUUAGGUUAAGAAGUGAAUCAUGGGGUGAAGUAGAUGAGUAGACAGAAGUUCCUCUUUUUUAAUGUCUUUUGCAAUCUUGAUGGAAUGUGCUUUUUAUAAGGCAAUACAAUCUUAAAUAAAAGUUUU